AUGACAGAUACGUUCGCCGUGAAUGGUGCCUCGAAUGGCGCAGAUUCGGUCUCUUAUGACACCGCCAACAUAAUUCAAGCCUUACAAAUCACUCACAAUCCCACUACCAAAAAUGAUGUACGGUUUGAGGCUCUCAGGUAUCUGGAAAAGCUGAAGGAACGGCGCGAAGCGCUUGAGUAUGGCUUUUCCCUUUCCACCGACCUCUCCCAGCCUCCCGUGGUCCGACACUUCGGCCUCGGGCUGCUUAGCCAUGUCAUCCGUCAUGAGGCUUACCACCUGAGCGAGGAACAGAAUGCCCAACUUCGCAACUGUGUCCUUGAGUUAGGCAAAUCAAUAGUUCCGAGCGACCUUUCCUUCAUCCGCAACAAGAUUGCCGAACUGUGGAUAGAGUUGGCCAAGCGAAGCUGGGCCCUGGAUUGGUUCGAUUUGGACGAGCAACUGGUCAGGUUAUGGUCACAGGAACUUGUACACAAGGACUUCGUCUUGACCGUGCUAGAGAACCUCUCCGAAGAUAUAUUCGUCCGCGAUGACAGUAUGGCCGUGCUACGCGGCCGAGACCUAAAUUCUGCCUUCGUUGAGAUCAUCACCUCAUCGAGCAACUACGCCGGGGGCAUCAAAAUUGGCGAUGCAGUACAUCAUGUCCGGUACGGCAGUGAAGGAUGGCUUACCAGAAUACGACAGUAUCUGGAGGAGUGUGCGAACAACCCAGAUCUAGCUGGGGCGGUCAAGGACACCACCAUCAAAGCGUUGGCAACCCUGCGGUCUGUCUUUGUCUGGGUGAUGACGCCAGCUGUUGCUCAAUCCAUGUCUUUGGCAGUAACGUGCAGGUUUUUGACCAACUCAGACCCCGAUCUUGUCAUGGCUGCAGUCGAUGCUCUUCUUUCUUUAUACGGACGGACUCGUCUUGAGGAAUUAGAGGUCCAAGCCCUCGUUUAUCCUCUAAUCCAACCGGAAGGCAUUGCAGGGCUAAGUCAGCUAUACUCGUGGUCGAUCGUCUCAGUCGAUGAAAUCGACAGCAGCAAGUAUGUCGUGUCCAAGAAGCUGUCCGAGUUGAUGUCCCUUCUCGCCGUGCAUACAACUCGGUAUGCUCCUCCGGACCCGAACACUCUCGAUCUCUCACCAUUUCUGCACUUUAUGAUCGCCAUCGCCGAGCAUGAGAGUCUCAUCGUUUCUAUCCCAGUGGUUCAUGCUUGGGUACAAUUAUUGGAAGUCAAGACGUGGAGAAAGGCGCCUGUGGUGUCGGAGUGUAUUGGUCCACUUUUGCAAGUCGCAUCCCGGCGGCUCAUACAAUAUGAUCAACUGCCUGAAGGCACAGACGACCCAGUCGUGGCAUUUGUUAAUGAUGAGAUCGAACUCUUUCCAGAACGUCAGGGCUUCUACCUCAGUUAUCGCAGACUGUGUUCAGCCGUGAUUGAAUGGAUCUGUUACGCGCAGUUAGAAGAGGCACUGCAAGCAGUCAUGAACCGAGCGGACGAGCUGUUAGACGAGGUUCAGACUGCCGAGCAACAGCUGGACCCUGCUUCCUACGAAAGAGUCUCCAUGAAUGUUCUACGAGCCGAUUCGUAUUUCGCCAUGGUCGAUGCAGCGCUCAAUGGGCUAGACCGCUGGCAAGCAAAACACCGAGAGGGCCAAACAGCCGAACAGGAGCAACUUGCGGCUAGAGUGAGGGAAUCGGCCAAAAGAUGGCUUCUCAAUAUGUCGAAGAAAAGAGAGUUUCGAGACCCCCAGAUCAGACAGCGCCAAAUCAAAACUGCCGUCGAAGCGUCGAACCGGGCUUUACAGAAGGAUACCGGCUUUGCGUUCAGUGUCCUCGAACACAUUUUGUCGUCAUUCAUCAUUACUCCACCACAGCAUUCCCUUUAUGCUGAGGCUGUUACUGAGCUCCACAACUAUGCCACCAGCGAGCUGAGAAGGCUGUCACUUCAGCACGCAGACUAUUUUGUGACGUUCUAUGACCAGCUUGAAAGCAGGUUCACCGACCUAAUCAACCAGCUUGGUGGUGAUGAGCGAAUACAAAUUGAUCUCAAAUCGAUUCUUUUCUCCAUUAUCCAGCGGGCCGGAGCGGUCGACUACGCGCAACGUCAGGCGAAGUUGGAAGGCUUUCUGCAAUCGGUUGCUGCUGCUUGGGCCGACAGCAGCCUCCAGGAUACACUCCAGAGUCUGGAAACAUUUGCUCGGUCCCAAGCUUUUGACCGAGUCGGGCCUUACAUGGCGUCGAUAGGGGCAGCAAAUGUGGAGGAUUGGUCCCAAGUGCCGUACAACGAGCGUGGCGUACAAAUCCAGCGAGACAUGUUGAUGGCUUUCUCCAAGUUGCCUCUCCGGGAGACCAGAAUCCUGCUUAGCAUCUCCACGGACCGGCUUGAGCAAGGCUCAGCACUUCACCGGAUGAUUUGUGAUCUGUGGACACCGCUGAUACCAAACAUGCUCCCCCACGUCCUCCGACUAACCAGCUACAACCAUCAACUACACAAUCCUGCCGCAUGGCCGAAUGUCAACACACCCGAGCUACAAGCCCUCAUUCGACGAGUUCUACGAGACCGAUAUUGGCAAUCGGGAAUCUCCAGUGGGUCUAUGAACGAAUUCCACAGCAAGGUCAAGUCGACCAGAUCGACCAUCGAGGGAUUUGCCUCGUCCGUGCGCGGAAGGAUCCGCAACAACCUCGAACAAUGCUACAGCAUCCUUCACACGUUGGGAAGACUCGGCCCGGCCUUUUACAGCCUACAGCAACUUCCUGAGAUGAUGGCGGAAGCGGCAAUCAACACCGCAGCACCACUGAGUCCGCACCACUUUUCUGUUAUGAUCCAGAUGCUGCCGAAACUGAUCGAUGAAUGUCCGCCCGAGCACCGACAGCAUUUCCUGACGCCAAUUCUGUCAUCACUACUACAGCAGAUGGACGCGAAACUGACCGAGGAAUGGGUCAAGAUGGACGAACGCAAACAGACCAAACACGAAGAAGAAAAUCUCAACGACGAGAUGCGCGACGACUCGGUGCUCCGCCAGACGACGUACAAGGCCGUCAAUCUGGUGGCGCACUGGCUGAACCCGAAGCGGGAAGCACAGCUGAGAACGAAAAAAUCAAUCGUCAACGGGAACUACUUGAACGAUGAAAGCCAGCAGACGAUGCGGCAGUUUGUCUUGUCCAACGUGCAGAUAUUGGAGCGGCUGUUGGUGUUUGUGACGCACGCCCUGGCAUUCCGGGACACUCGGUCAUGCUACACUAUGCUCGGGGCCGUGCAGCGCAUUGUGCCUGAGUUUGGACACGGGCAUGGUGAGAGACUGCUGUCGGGCGACGAAGCCGCCGCUGCGCGCGAGUACAUUUCUUCGGAAAUGCUAAAGACCGCAAUCACUUGUCUCAAUGACGGCUAUUUCGCUGACCACCAGCAACAUUAUGCGCAGCUCAUUGCGACCAUUUGGGUGUCGUACGGCUUACCAGCGCACGCUUCUGGGAGUGAGUCUACGACCCCUGCGGGCGCGCGAGACCUCCCGCCUUUGACUGCCACGCCGCGAAACGUUAUCCUCAGCUUGCCGGGCAUGACGGAGGAAAAAGUCGAUCGGGCCGCUGCCCAGCUUGCGCGAGAAGGAUCCGUCGCUCGCCCUAAGAAACUUCGAGCAAUUGUCCUCUCGUUGCUCGAGGGUGUUCGUGGCGUCAGGCUCAGCGAGCUCGGCAAGAUUGAUUUGCGGCCCCAGCAGUCCAAGAUUUUGGAGAAGUAUAAGCAGCGCGAGUCUCUGGGUAUGCAGGGUGUCGAAGAUGGUGUUGGUGGUGCUGCUGCCAAUGGAGCCGCUGACGAUGGAAUCGAUCUUGGUGGCGUGGCCGACAUGUUUGCAGGUUGA